AUGGUGAAGGAGGAGUGGAGGAGCCUAGGGGAGAUUCAAUUCAUGGACAAGCUGAAGGCUUUGACGGUACCACUGGGUAGGUGGCAUAGAGAGCACUUUGGAGAUCUAGAUAUGAGGAUUAAUAAGUUUGAAGAAGAGAUCAAGAAAGUUGAUGAUUUGGUGAGCAAUGGAGUAUAUGAUGGAACAACGGAAGCUAGAAGGAAGGCGCUUGUGAGCUCUUGCAAGAAAUGGUAUAUCAGAAAGGAAAUACAUUGGAAGCAGAUGUCACGGUCCAGGCAUGCUAAGGAGAUGGAUAAAAACACUAGAUAUUUCCACAAUUUAGCCUCGGCUUGUAGGAGGAACAAUCGGAUUGAUGCCUUAAGAAUCCAUGGCCGACUAGAGACAUCACCAAAUAUUGGUUUUCGGGAAGGGCUGGUAAGGCAAAUAAAUGAGGACGAGGCAACAGAGCUGGAGAUGAUGCCGAGUGUUGAAGAAAUAAGGUCUGCAGUGUGGGAUUAUGAGUCAACAAAAGCUCCAAGAAGCGAUUGGUAUAACAUGAAUUUUAUCAAGAAGUGUUGGGCAGAAGUUGGGAGGGAUUUCACGGGAGCAGUGAUGGGGUUCUUCUAA